GUCACUGGAUAUGAAGGAAUUGCGUUGGAAUGAAUUGGAAUUGUUUAAUUUUCUGGAAUUAUUGACUACUUAUCCGGAGCCUUGGGUUUUACGAAAUUUUGCUUCAUUGCUUAUUUUGGCACCUGGCCUUGCAAAAAUCGCCAUCUGCAUUCGAGCAUUACAUGGGGAUCCUGCAGAGGCUGGAAAUACUUUGUUUAGUUGUAUUGAGGUUUUCUUUUGA